GGCCGGUAUAAAUAAUCCAGCCGUAGGUUAUUGAUAGUCCAGUGGGUUAUGGCAUUCAAUGGGGCUACUGUCUCUUUAAAUUUACCCAGGAGCCCCUAAAGGAGCCCCAGGGGCCCCAGGCACGGCUCCCCACCCUAAAGACUUGCAGUGGUUUUUAACUGAGCCCAAGAGCCGCUUAUCGUACCAUGAAAUAACAAAGGUCGCGUCUUAAUCAGUCAGAGUCGGGGGUCUUCGGCCUCUUUGUUCUUUCUUUGGCAGCAUUAAAAAAAGUUUGGUGAGGGGUCGAUGGGGGGAAGGGAGGAGAUGGGCGAACGAUAGUUCUAUUCCAUAGUGGUAAAAGCCGUCAGACACCCCCCCCCACCACCUACCCAUAAACCGCGACCCGUAGAACAGUGGAAAAAAGCAACGUUACGAUUAAAGAAUGGAACAUCACAAAGAGGAGGAAGAACCCCCAGCCCGUACGCGCUGCAGAGAGGAGGACGAGAGGAAUGUCGCCGAUACAAGUGACAGCGAAAUGACAACGUCGAGGCGGCUUGGUAAUGGCAAGACGGUGUUUCAAGGUAAGGGUAACAAGGUAAAUGGAGAACCUGAAGAGUUAAAGUCCUCCACAGAACAAAGUACUCCUCUCCAAGACAUCAUGUCUCAGGAAGAAAAAGCCAGUUACUGGCGUAGAAGCCAACAAACCACAAAAUCAGUUUCUUCUUCUUCUCCUCCUUAUCUUCUUUCUGUUUCUUCCUCCUGUGGGACAUGGAAACAAGGAGACCACAGAGAAGAGCGGGCAUCACGACCUGGCAGAAGCCGAAUCCCAGGUCGGGAUCACAGGAGGUAUUACCAUGAAUACUGGCGCACAGAGUACCUGAUGGACUUUGAACCACAGAGACAUGGCAUGAUUUGCAUGGUCUGUGGAAGCUCACUAGCUACAUUAAAGCUGAGCACCAUCAAGAGGCACAUUCGUCAGAAGCAUCCCGAUUCCCUGCUGUGGAGUCAGGCUGAUAAGGAUGUAAUCCGCUCUGGUUGGGAGGCUCAUCUUUCUCUGGAAGGUGGAUGGAGGCCCAGCACUUCUUUACCCUUAAGAGCCCAAAGGAGUACUGAGCUGGUGGACUGUGCACGUCAAUCUGUUGGAAAGAUCAGCUCUUGUACACCCAAGAAGAGUAUCAACCGUAUCACUAGACAGCAGUGUUCAGAUCUGGUGAGUGGAGUCCAUGAGCCACUGGAGCAAUCUCCCUCUGGUACAGGAUCUCGCACGCUGGAACGCUACCUCAAUGACUCGCUGCAUACGUGGUUUCGACAAGAGUUUCUCAUGGAUUAUCAUGUUGAUGCCAACAAGCUUGUGUGCAUGGUGUGUGGCAUUGAGUUGCCUUCUCUUCAUUUGGAGGAUAUCAAAAGCCAUGUCCUAGACAUUCAUCCUAACUCCCUAAUCUAUACAACUGAGGAAAAACGUAGCAUUCUGCAGACCUGGGACAGCAGAAGUAAGGAGGGAGAGGGAAGCAGCUUGGUACACAGCAACCAAUACAGCAGCAACACAGGAGCUACCUUUCCAGCUGACAUGGAUCGGAUUGAUAACUUUGAUGUCUCCGUAAAAUCAGAGCCUGAAACAGAAGAUGAAGACUGCCAAGUUAGUACUGUAUGUCACAAUAACAAUUUAACUGCACAAGAUCAUGGAAAUCUUACACUAAGUACUACAAGUUCCAGUCUGAAUUCUGAGAAACACAAUAAAAUUGGCAAUAGUGAUACAUGGGAGCAUACCGUUAACAUGGCCCACAAACAGUUUCUUGUCUCUGCUAAAGGUCUGGAACACUGUGAUCAAGAGAGGUGGCGACUUGAUUAUUUGGUGGAUUACAACUGGAAGACCCAGGGGCUUGUGUGCAUGGUAUGUUGUGAGACGCUUCCUGAUGUCAAAAUGAAUGUAAUCAAAAGGCACAUCCAUGAGUGUCAUCCAGAAACUGCCACACUGGGACUCGCAGAACGAGAGGCAGUGGCAGCAGCAUGGAGUAAAGAGUUGCAAACUAAAGCACAGACAAAACUGUCUGAUACUAUCACAGCUUCUUCAAGCACACUUUCAGAUCCUCAAAUGCCUGCUACUCGGCUGGAAGCAUCAUCAAAAACUACAGCAGAGAGGAACAACACAGAGUCUGUUGAAGAUGAAGAUAGUUUAGUGACUAGAGUAUCAGGAUUUGAUGACAACCAGCAGCCCUCCGACAACCCAACAUUAAAGGCAACACAGAAGCGAAAUCAUUAUCCAGGCAAGGAUCAGCGUCGCAACUAUCAGGUACGCUGGCGGCUAGAGUAUCUGAUGGACUACGAUUGCCGUCGGCAUGGGUUGAUCUGUAUGGUAUGUGGAGGUGCAUUAGCCACUCUGAAAGUCAGCACCAUAAAAAGACACAUCCAGCAGAUGCACCCACACUCUCAACAACUGAGCACAGAGGAGCGCCACCAUAUCAUGCUCACUUAUAGCCAGACUGCUGUUCACAACAUCCACUCCAGUGACUGCUUCAUCACAGAGAAUUUCCCGGACCUAUCCAGCAGCAAACUUUCCCAAGCACUGUGACAAAUGUCAAACUGUAGCCCAUACUCAGCACAGAACGGUCACUUUAAAUGGUUACCUUUCAUCGUAUUCACAAGUUUGUCCUGGAUUUAAGGGCAAAAGUGGAUGCAUCAGAAAAUUAUAUGUGUAAACAGUGCCUUCCAGUGGUAUUCAGGCAUUUCAUUUGGUAUCUCAUUUUACAGAAUUGUGAAAUGCAUCACGUCAUUCUCAGACUAGUAUAAUAUAUGGUCAAUGUAAAAGAUAAAAUGAGGAAAAGCAAAAAUAUACAGCCAUCUAUUUUCUGAAAACUCUUUUUCCAAUCCAGGUUCAGUGGCAUGCAUGAACUUCCAUCCAUGAGUUCGGCCACCUGCAGGCUCUUUUCAGUAAAUCCAUUGAAACCACCGAUUUCUUGAAGCUUGGGUAUUUGCUUAUAGACAAGAAUUUUGUCACCUUGCCAGAGAUUCUAAACAAGGGAUCUUUUACUAAGACAUUUCAUAUUCUUAAGCCAUGACAAUGAAGCUUUGAAUUUUUGCCUUUUUAAAUCUUCAGCAAACAUAAUGCAGGUUUUUUGUAGUGUCUAUUUUGGUUUUUAGCUUAAUAUGCUACCCAGUCCCUGCUUGGCAGAAGCCACUGCAUAGCAUGAUGGUUCAAUCACCAAACAUGACAGUAGAGAUAACGAAGACUAGGUGAUCUGCCGUAGUGAUGGGCGAUUCGAAAAUGAUUCAUUCUUUGUGAACAACUCUUUUCAGUGAAUCAUGGGAAUCAAGUCACAAGCAUGAACAAAUCGAUUCAGUAGUACAUAAUAGUAGUACAUGCAUGAUGCCAUCAGCUUCUUUUGUUUAGAUGUUUAAAGCACAUGUGCAUGUACGCCCUAUAAUUCAUGAUUCUUGUUUUUUUACUUAGGAUUCCUUCUAUUUAGAGCUAAUUCAUUAUCAGUGAAGGAGAACUCUGUCAUUAAUCAUUCACUUGUUCAUCGUACAAGUAAAAUACAGUAACAAUCCAUUUAGAAUGCUUUGUUU